CCACAAAUUAAAAGUUCAUGUCGGUGCCGUCCAUGUAUAAGAGGAUGAGGGACGAAGGCGUGAAGUCCGAUUUGUAUACAUCUUCUAUCCUGAUCAAUGUUUUUUGUCAUCUGAAGAAAAUAGGUUAUGGUUUUGGUGUUUUGGGUGAUAUUAUGAAGAGAGGUCUGGAAGCCGAUUCAGUAAUGGUCAAGACUCUGGUGAAAGGUCUGUGUUCGGAAGGGAAAGUGUUUGACGCAGUUCAAGUGUUUGACAAAAUGUCCGAAAAAGGGUUUCGUGCGGAUGCUGUCUUUUACAAUUCUAUGAUUCAUGGGUACCGCAAACUAGGAAUGUGGGAAGAAGUUACAAAGAUGAUCCAGAAAAUGGCAAUAGAAGGGCUUUCACUGAAUGUUUAUACUUAUAACAUCUUGAUCGAUGGUUUUUGCAAAGUCAAGAAGGUGAAUGCAGCGAUUGAAGUGUUCGAAUCCAUGUUGAAUCGAGGCAUCGAGCCUGAUGCAGUUACCUACAGUACAAUGAUCGUUUGCUAUUUCAAGCAUGGAGAAACUAAGGAAGCAUUGAAACUUCUAAAAGAGAUGAUUCAUGAAGGGUUGAAACCUGACGAGUUUACUUACACCACCCUUAUUCAUUUUGUAAGCCUAUCGGGAGAUCUGCAAGCUACACAAGGAAUCUUUGAUUCAGCUUACAAGUCUGGUCACUCUCCUGCCAUAUAUUCAUAUUCUGCCCUCAUUAAUGGUUUGAUAAAAAAUGGGAAAAUGGAAGAAGCUCGGAAAAAAUUUGAUGAAAUUCUAGGUAUGGGUUUGGUGCCCGAUGUUGUAACCUACAACACAAUGCUCCAUGGCCUCUGCAAAAGUAAGAAGCUAUCUGAAGCGAGAGAGUUGCUCAUUGAUAUGGAGGCAAAGGGUUGUCCUCCAGAUGCUAUUUCGUUUAACACGGUUAUUUGGGGUUUCCUUAAGGGUGAGAAGAUUGAAGACGCAGUCCUACUUCUUGAGAGCAUGCUUGAGAGGAAUUUCUCUCCCAAUAAGGGUAUUAAGUCCAAGUUAAGUCGCAUCUUUGCAGAUUCUAAGGGUUAUAGAACUCUUCAACCACUUGUAGACGCUUAUGGAGUGAGGAUCUAUGAUCUCGGAUCCCUCGAAAGAGCGAAGCCGGCGAAGAGACUGAUCCAAAGAAAAAGAUUUGGGUCCUAUGAUUCUCGACAUCAUCGUGAAAGUAACAGAACACUUCCUGUUGUUUCCAGUGUUCCGAUGCCGAGAAUCAUGGGAGCCAGAUCUUUUUCUUCAGAUGGUUUUCGAUCACUCUCUUCCCAGUCUUCGCUCUUUGAAAGAACCAGUGCUCAGAUUCCCAGCGGAUUUGAACUCGAGUUGAGGCGACUAUGCAAAUCGGGUGAACUUAACCUUGAAGGUGCUAUUUUUUACUUCGAUAAGCUUAUUGAGACAAGACCCAUCCCUUCGAUUGGUACUUUUAACCAUGUGUUGGGUUCUGUCUCGAAGCUCAAAGGGUAUUCGGAAGUGCCGUCCAUGUAUAAGAGGAUGAGGGACGAAGGCGUGAAGUCCGAUUUGUAUACAUCGUCUAUCCUUAUCAAUGUUUUCUGUCAUCUGAAGAAAAUAAAUUAUGGUUUUGGUGUUUUGGGUGAUACUAUGAAGAGAGGUCUGGAAGCCGACUCAGUAAUGGUCCAGACUUUGGUGAAAGGUCUGUGUUCGGAAGGGAAAGUUUUUGACGCAGUUCAAGUGUUUGACAAAAUUUCUGAGAAAGGGCUUGGUAGGGAUAGUGGUUGCGAGGCUAAUGUACUUUCUUACGGGAUGAUUAUCCAUUCACUUAUCAAGAACUGUUCAUUGGAUAGAGCAGUGGUUGUAUUUCAGAAAAUGAUAGAUCAUGGAGUUGCCCCUAACGUUAUUGUUUUUGCUGACCUGAUUAAUGGAUUGAGUAGCUCGGGACGAUUGCGUGAGGCACUCGAGCUCUUUGAUGAGAUGGUUGUUCGAGGAAUCUCUCCGAAUCUCAUAGUUUACAAUUCUUUGAUUCGUGGAUGCUGCAAACUAGGAAUGUGGGAAGAAGUUGCAAAGAUGAUCCAGAAAAUGGCAAGAGAAGGGCUUUCACCAGAUGUUUAUACUUAUAGCAUUUUGAUUGAUAGUCUGUGCAAAGUCAAGAAGGUGAAUGAAGCGAUUCAAGUGUUCGAAUCCAUGUUGGAUCGAGGUAUUGAGCCCAGUUUGCAUACAUAUACCUCGCUUUUGGCUGGCCUUUUUACUGUCAACAGGUCAAAGGAUGCCGUUGAGUUAUUUGAAUCAUUGAGGCAUGGAAACCUUCGGCCUAAUGCAGUUACCUACAACAUAAUGCUCCAUGGACUCUGCAAAAGUAAGAAGCUAUCUGAAGCGAGAGAGUUGCUAGUUGAAAUGGAGACAAAGGGUUGUUCUCCGAAUGCCAAUUCAUUUAACACGGUUAUUUGGGGUUUCCUUAACGGUGAGAAGAUUGAAGAUGCAGUCCAACUUCUUGAGAGCAUGCUUGAGAGGAACUUCUCUCCUUGUGAGGCUGUUAAAUCCAAGUUAAGCCGCAUUUUUACAGAUUCUGAGGGUCAUAGAACCCUGCAGACACUUCUAGACGCUUAUGGAGAGAAGAUCUUCUAGUGAAAUUGAUAUAAUCAGGUCAGGUAAAAAAACUAUAGGUACACCACAAUCAUUCUGUGUUUAAGCACAAAAACUACUUCCCUUAGCAAUAGAUGAUAAUGUGCAGAGAGGGUAACUAGUUGCCUAGAGAUCUCUUUUAGCGGCCGAAGACCCGAAAUACAGAAUAUAAAUCUGUUCAGUCUGAUGGAAAGUCUCCGUCCAAGAGAUUCUACCCGCGUGCAGCUCUCUCCAAGCCGUGCUCUUUUACUGGUGAAAUGUUGUGUUGUUACCUUCUCUGAAGUUUCAUCCUUCCUCAAUCUGUGUAUCAUCGCUUUCACCGUCGAAGCUUUCAGUUUUAUCUAAUGUCUCUUCCUCUUGAAGCCUAUCCCCCGAGUUUUCUUGUUCUGAUAGCUUGUCUCGUAGUUUAAGCUUUGCUUUUUUCGCAUUCAAUACAGAAAGGGAACUGCAUGUACAACAGACAGACUUAGUUUCUGUUCCGUCCUGUAAUACAGAAAGGAACAAAGUUGAUGAU